AUGAUCAUGUGCCCUCGGAGCUCGUCCUUCGACGGGGCCGUCUCAGUCUCUUACCACCCAUCCGUCCCGCACCCACCUAUUUCGCCGUCCGGAGUCGAGUCGCCGUCGCGGCUAGGCCAGAGCCGUUUGGACGACGUGGGGAUGCGCUCGCUGGAGAGCAAGCUUGAGCUGCUCCACGCGCAGCGAGAGCUGAGCGCCCUUCGCUGCCAGACGUUCAUCGACCAGCUCGAAUCCGCCUUCCAAUCGCAACCCCCCACCCAAGCCGACCGACUAGCACGCCGCCCUCCUUCCGUGCGGGCGCGUCGCGCGUCGCUCGAUCUGUCGAGGGCGGAGGGCGCGCAGUUGGCGCAGGAGCUGCGGUUCUACGAUGAGCCGGCGAGGUUCGCACGCUCGCACUCCCACAGCGCCAGUGCCAGUCCAGCCGCCGCAGUGCCGCGUCCGCGAUUCCCGCGCUCCAAGUCGCAUCGCGGGCCCAGCCGAGGCUCCUCCCCCAGCCCGGCCGCUUUCGUCCGCCGCCACUCGAGCCCUGUUGUCGCCCGCCACUCCCCCAGUUUGUCGUUCUCAUCAGCUGGGACGAACGGGCCGGAAGCUACGGAAGCCGCGGUGCAGCACCUCGCUGGCGCCACCGUGCUGGUGGCGGGACGGAAAGAGAGCAUCCGCGCCCACAACCUGGGCCAAACCGCGCAGCAUAUCGCUCAUCCCAGAAAUAAGUCUGGCAAGGGCUUUGGGGAGGAAUGCGGGGGCUUUUGA